AUGGCAGAACCUGCAACGAAAAAGAAGACAUCAUCAUCGUUGUUGCCAGACUGGUCUCUUCUCCCUGAAGAGCUGCUUCAAGUUAUCUCCGGGAAUCUGGACAACUGUUUCGAUGUAGUUCAUGCUCGCUCUGUUUGCAGCUCUUGGCGAUCCACAUUUGCCUUUCCUUGUAGCCUACUAUCGCCAAGUUACUCUCUUCCCACGUUCAAUGAGUUCUCUCUAGAAAACGAAGGCUUGUGCACCCUCAAGAAGAUCCCUUUGUUCCUCUUUAGAGUCCGUGCUCUUGAUGAUGCUGCGUCGGCUUCUGAGUUUUACUUGGGAGGAAUUGUCCAAGGCUCUAGAGAUGAGGCAGAGGAUCAAACAGAGCUUCCACCUCCUAUUCAGUGCUCAGUGAAAGUGACGAUCGGAGAAUCUGAGGCAACCUUGAUGAACAUGCUCGACUGUCAGAUUCUCUCUCUGAGUCUGGGUUAUCGGUACAGAAUGUUCGCUUGGGAUCCUAAAGUUUACAGAAGCGUGGCUUUUUCCCCACUAAAUAAGGAAGAAUUCGUUGUGCUUCUUAUCGACUCUCGUGUUUUGUGGGUAUUAACAAGUUCCGAAAUGAGGUGGAAGAAGCUGAAGAACGUCCCAGAUGCUCCAUGCUGGGAUCUAGUCACUUUUAGAUGUAGAUUUUAUGCAUCUUUCCGAGGGGGAAGUGUGGCUAUCGAUCCCUGUUCGCUGGACGUGACUCGCUUGAUGAGGAGGCUGGUCAAUGGGUCGUGGUCACCCAUGUGGGAGACCGUGUCUUGUUUAUUAAUCGAGAACAUUUGGGAAACGUCUGCUGCUCGGCUGAAGAGCUUCCUCAAGGUUGUGGUCUGA